CGCCCGGCGGCGGCGGGCGGCGGCGGCCGAGCGAGCGGGGCGAGCAGCGGCACGCCGACUGCAUGUGGGGCAUCCGCGAGCCUGCCGUGGCGGCGCCGCGGUGGCCGCACUUGGCGCUCCGGCAGCGCCUCGAGUGGGCGGCGGCGCCGCGGCACGGCGCCGUUCUGGUGAAGGAGCUGCCGCCCUGGUGGUUGGCUCCGAGGAAUCUGAUACGCAGAGACAUUGGUGUGGAUUUGGUCAGCUUGGACGGUGAGCGGGCGGUGCAGUGCAAGUACUGCAACAGUACUGUGCAGACGAAGGGCGUUGUCAGCUUCAUAUGCAUGGCGCAACACAUGUCCAGGGCUUCCAAGAUGCUGGCGACGUCGGAUACAUCCCGCCUGACCAGCGAUGCAGCAACCGUCAUUGAGUCUGUUGGCGUGAGGCACGACGUUUUAUCAAGCAGUUUCGUCGAUGAGCUGCUGUCCAGCGCUGUAGCAGCGCUCCGACCGCCUCAGCGGGACUGCCUAGCGGCUGCCUCCCUCAGACCAUGUCAGCGAGACUGCAUCCGUGCCUGCAAGGCUGGAGCCCGCAUCAUCGAGAUGGCAUGCGGCACGGGCAAGACGCUGGUGAUGCGGAGACUGGCCGAUAAUGCUUCAGGCCGCGUCCUGGUUUCGGUCCCGCCCCUCGCUCUGCUCCGGCAGCAUCUUGCGACAUUUCCUGAAUUCUGUCCUGUCGGGACCAGGUAUAACGCGAAGACCGCGUGGGAUGCGCCAGGAUACAUCAGUGUGACGGACUCUCUUCACCUCCUGGGAAAUAUUUGUUUGAUAUACUUGUUGACGAGGAUCAUCAUCCUUUUCCGCCGAUGUUCCCGCAGGGCGAGACGCAUGAGGCAUGUCCCGUCCACUCUUAUGGAAUGGGCCAGGCGAUCGAUGAUGGCGUAUUGUGUGAUUACGACUUGGUUGUCCCAGUAGUGGGUGAUGAGACAACGCUCGCUGCUCUCGCGGGCUUGCUCUCUGCGAAGAUGGAGCAUCUCCGCCGCGUCCUUGCAUGUUGCAAUUCGAUAGACGAGGCGCCUCUCUCCAAGAGCGAGGUGGUGAAGUUUGGACUCGUUCCUUGGCACAUCAACAGCGAGACCCCACGCGCGCAGCGCCAGCGAAAGCACUCUCGGGCCCUCUUCAGGGUGCUGCCCACGUGCUCGCGACGGUGCAGGUUCUCGGCGAGGGGAUUCACAUUGGGAGCGCCGAUGCGUGCUUUUUCGUGCAGCCCCAGCGCAGCUGCGUCAGCAUUGUGCAAGCCGUGGGCCGAGUCCUUGGACUGCAACCCAGCAAGCCGCUGGCGCAUAUUAUCUGCAAGGGCCUCGCCCCCGCCUGAUGGCCCCGCAGGGGGGCUGGCGGCUCCUUCCAGCAGUGCGCUUCGGUACAGAGGCCAGGACCAGCUGGUCGGCACCCAGGACGCGCGCGAGGAAGCCCAUGGUGACCCCACAGAAACCGAGAAGUUGCUGGGAGAGCGGCUGCAGCAGGACGGGCAGUCCUGGUUGCAGCAAUCGAGGGGUUCCUGCAGGCGCCUGGCAGGCUGCCGACUACGAGUAAGGACACCGAUGAGGAAGAGCGCAGGCCAGGCCAGUGGCUUAACAGGCAAGUCGUACUCCUCAGAUCCCAGCGUCUGGCAGAGGACCGCGAGGCAGCCCCGAGGGGCGCCCGCGCCUUGGUCAGCGAGGAGUUGUUUGGAGGGUUGCAGUAAUUAGAAGUUGUCGCGAGUGUGGGGCAGGCCGCGAGGGCUGGCCAAAGAGCCGAAGCGGCUCCAGCAGUGCCACGAGGAGUUCCUGAGGGGCGCCCACACCUUGGUUAGCGAGAAGUUGUUGGGAGAGCGGCGGCAGAAGGACGGGCAGUCCUGGCUGCAGCAGUUGGAGUUCCUGGACGCGUACGGCAGGUUGCCGGCAAGGGCAAGGUCGCCGACGAGGACCAGCGCAGGCUAGCAAAGUGGGUCAACACGCAAGCUUUACUCUUCAGAUCCCAGCGUCUGGCAGAGGACCGCGAGGGAGCCCUGAGGGGCGCCCGCACCUUGGUCAGCGAGAAGGGUUGCAGUAAUUAGAAGUUGUCGCGAGUGUGGGGCAGGCCGCGAUGACCACCGCUCUCUGGAGGUUCACGGCCAGACGUGCCCUGAUGCGGGCUGGCCAGAGAGCCGAGGCGGUUCCAGCAGUGCCACGAGGAGUCCCAGGAGGCCCAAGCAAGAAUAAAACAUAAUCGGCGCCCCGCGUCCUCCCCUCUCGGUCCUCCCCCUCCUCCCCCCUGCUUCUGCCCUGGCGCACCCUUGCCAUGCUUUUCAAGCCCCGCAGGAGCUCCGCAGGAGGCCGCAACGAACAGUUUGCAUACAGUCGCGGGCUCAUGCCGCUCGCCCCUGCCACGCUGUUCAAGCCACAUAGGAGUUCCACAGAAGGCCAGAAUGAAAAAGUCCGCAGGCAGUCGUGGGCUCAGUUCGCUGGCCCCUGCGACGCUUCUCGAUCCCCGUGGGAGCGCCACAGGCGGCCGGCAUGAAAAAGCCCGCCUGCAGCUGUGGGCUCAUGCCGCUUGCUCUUGC